UCAUUCUUAUAAUGUGAUCUCCAACAACGUACGAAUUCAACAAUAAUCAACCAAGUAGAGUUUUCAAAUCAACCAUUUAAAAUACGACACGUGUUCAACUACUCUAGAAUCGAGACAGAGAAUCACAGACCAUCUCGAUAUAAAGUCCUGAAUCCCGGGAUUAGAGAAGCCCAAACGUAAGAAUUCCUCUCUCUCCACAAUAUUCUAGACUCUUCUUCCUAUUAGGGUUUAUCUCCGUCGUCGUUGCAAAUCUCCUCAGCCGUCACAAAAAUGGCUCGUCGUAGCUCAGGAAGAUCUGCCCCUCGUCCAGCUGCACGAUCUGCACCUGUGCGCAACCCUCCUCAGCCAGCUAGCCGUGCUCCUCCUCCAGCUCCUGCACAGCAAGGUGGCGGUGGAAUGCUAUCAGGGAUUGGAUCCACCAUAGCUCAGGGAUUGGCCUUCGGCACAGGAAGUGCUGUUGCACACAGGGCUGUAGACUCUGUUAUGGGUCCUAGAACCAUCCAGCAUGAAACUGUAGCGUCUGAGGCUGCUCCAGCCCCAGCACAUGCUGCAAGCAGUAUGGGUGGUGCAGAUGCUUGCAACAUUCAUUCCAGGGCCUUUCAAGAUUGUAUCAACAGCUACGGGAGUGACAUUAGCAAGUGUCAGUUCUACAUGGAUAUGCUUGCUGAAUGCAAGAAGAAUUCCAGUGGCAUGUUGAAUGCUUAAGAACCUUUCUGAAAAUACAAAUUUCAUCUUGCACUUUGGUACUGUAGUUUGUGUUUUUAUGAUGAUGAACUUAAAGAAAGAGUCCAUGAAGCUAUUAUGUUAAAUAAUUCAUUAUUGGGAGACAAUCAAUACCUAUGAUCCAUAUAAGUACUCUUUUUAUUGUGGUGGGCACUUGGAUCUAAAGUCAAGUAAUUCUUUACCAUCUUUAUAUUCUUAAAUGGUGGACUCUGUUUUGAGUAUUUUGAUGGAUUAGUCAUUUCCUAAUAAAUUAAUAUAUUGCUCGUUCAAACUUCACAAA